AUAAAAGGAAGGCAUGUGAUAAUACCAUUACCAUAUCGUAUACCAACCUUGUGUUUGACUAAUACCGUUCAUAAAACCAUCAGAAUGAAGUGCUUCCUUAAUUACAAGUUCCGGUCAAUUUCCUAGAUUUUAUAUGAGAGAGCUGAAUGGAUCUACACUAAACUAUGAUGAGGAAUAUCCAUGCUAUAAAGUAAAAGCCAUGAUUCCUUGAGUAACAUACAUGCUCUAUCAGUCUAACUUACUUUUUGGUCUUUUGGCUGAAAAGGUGAUCAUGGACAAGGACAAGGACACACCUUUAGUUAUGUAUAUGUUUGUCAUUUGUAUGUUAUUGUUAUGUGUUGGAAGCAGCACAGACCCUCUUGACACAUAUUGUCCAACUGAAUUCCCAUUAUAUAGCAGCAACAGCACAUUUGACAAUAACCUGAAGCUUCUUUUGGGGUUGCUGCCCUCCAACACGGCUUCCAAGAAUGGCUUCUACAACACAUCCGUGGGAGAUGGGGAAGACAAGGUGUACGGACAAGCACUGUGCAGAGGAGACAUCACCAACUCCACAGUCUGCAAGGAAUGCAUUCAGAAAGCAAGCCAAGAUUUAACAAAGAUGUGCAACAGUGAAGAUGCAAUCAUAUGGUAUGAGCUUUGCCAAGUCCGCUACUCCUUUCAGAUGUUCUUCACGAGUAUGACUUACACCGGGAAGUAUCCUAACCAUAAUCUUAAGGAGAAGAAUAUCUCGCACCCUUCUGGAUUUGAUCAAGUCUUGGCAUAUCUGAUGAACAACCUCUCACAAGAAGCAGCUUUUAUUCCUGCCAACAACAUGUUUGCAGCAGGGGAGAUUCAAUAUUCUGGUUCUGAUGGUAUCAAGAACAAGAAGCUUUAUGGACUAGUCCAGUGUACCAGGGAUACCUCUCAAGCAGACUGUGCCACUUGCUUGAGUUCUGCCUUAACAGAACUUACUCAAUGCUGCUCCUUCCGAGAAGGCGGUAUCAUUCUUAGUCGGACUUGCAAUGUGAGGUUUGAAUCAUACAGGUUCUUCAACCAUUCAUCAGCAAAGAUGCUGCUCUUUCCGACUUCCAAAGGAGGGGAAAAAUGGAAGCCAUGGAUGUUUGCAUUGACAAUUGGUGGUUCACUCUUAGUAUUAGCAGUUACUAUUUUGCUGUGCACUGCUUGCCUGCUCCGCAAAGGGGACACAGAGAGAGAUGAAGAAAGGAUCGAAAGGACGCUACUACAACAGUUGGCAAGCUCCAAGAGCGUAGCAGUUACACAGGAAGGUGACCUGAUUAGCUCUGAUGAACUGUCGUUCAUGAACUUAGCAACCAUUAAGGAUGCCACUGAUGACUUCUCUGAUACAAAUAAACUGGGACAAGGAGGAUUUGGUGCAGUGUACAAGGGUGUUCUACCAGAUGGCAGUGAAGUUGCAGUUAAAAGGCUAUCAAAAAAGUCUUGGCAAGGGAUAGAGGAAUUGAAAAAUGAGGUCAUACUCAUUGCCAAGCUUCAGCAUAAGAAUCUAGUGAGGCUGUUGGGGUGUGGCUUAGAGGGGGAUGAAAAAUUUCUCAUAUAUGAAUUCAUGUCAAACAAAAGCCUUGAUCAAUUUAUCUUUGUUGACUUGUGCUGUUGCUUAAUAUAUUUUCAAGACCCAGAGAAACGUUCCGAGUUUGAUUGGCAUACUUGGUAUGGGAUUAUCAAUGGCAUUGCGAGAGGACUGCUUUAUCUUCACGAGGAGUCUCGGCUUAAAAUCAUUCACAGGGAUUUAAAGCCAAACAAUGUGUUGUUGGACCAUGAAAUGGUUGCCAAAAUAUCAGAUUUUGGUAUGGCUAGGAUAUUUUACGAGAAUCAAAAUACAGCAAACACAAAGAGAGUUGUGGGAACAUAUGGAUAUAUGGCUCCCGAAUAUGCAAUGGAAGGACUCUUCUCAGUAAAAUCGGAUGUGUUCAGCUUUGGUGUCAUGUUGCUUGAAAUAAUCAACGGGAAAAGAAACAGUGGGUUCUACACAACAGAACUUGCCCCAACACUACUGGCAUAUGCAUGGCAGCUGUGGAAUGAAGAGAGGAAGUUGGAAUUUGUGGAUCCAGUGUUGUUGGAAUCGUGUGUGGCCUGUGAAGUUGUGAAGUGCAUGCACAUUGGGCUUCUGUGUGUGCAGGAAGAUCCGGAGCUGAGGCCUAACAUGUCAAGCGUGGUGGUUCUCCUAGGAAGUGAACAAAUGGCUCUUCCAAAACCAAGUCAACCAGCAUUUUCAUUGGGUAGGGCGUUUCAUGUUGAUCAAGAUCCAGGUCCAGCCACUACAACCAAUCCUUCUAUGAACGGGGGGAGUAUAUUGUCCAGUGUCUUACCUAGAUGAUUGAUCGAUUAAGUGUGAUAUAUCUAAGUAUGUUGAAAUCAAGGAAUGUUUACUUGUCGAAUGCAAAGUACGUCUAGUGGAUUAUGCUUC